GACGCACCUUAAAAUGACGCAUCAUCCCAUCAGCUGUUUUUGUUUUGCUGUGUUAACGUUCUUAAUAACACAUUAAUAACACAAUUGAAACUAGCGGACAACACAUCGGCUAUCCCGGAAGUGCAGUUAGCGGGUUUUUGGAAACAGUUUGGGAGGUCACAGUCGGCGGGCGAUGCGUGCCGUCCGGGGGGAGCUGGCAGGACGUUCGGGUCCAUAAAAGAGUGCGAGCGUGGCGUUUGGAGUCUGGAAGCACAGAAAGAAAGAGGAAGCGGGCUCCAGAGUCGAUCGACCCCAAGCCCGCCACGGCCUCCGACCUCGGCAGGGGGUCAGCCGCGAACUGGGCCGCUGGGAUGGAGUCCCAGGACGCGCCGGAGAGCCCCGGACUACACCGAGGCUUCAUCUGUGCCUCGUUCAACCAGGACACCACCUCCUUGUCUGUGGGCACCAAAACUGGUUACCGGCUCUUCUCUGUCACAGCUGUGGACAAACUGGAAUGCAUCCAUGAGGGAGUGGAAUGUCCGGACAUCUACAUUGUGGAGCGGCUGUUCUCCAGCAGCUUGGUGGUGGUGGUCAGCCUCUCCAUGCCCAGGAGGAUGAAUGUUUACCACUUUAAGAAGGGCACAGAGAUCUGUAACUACAGCUACUCUAACAACAUCCUCUCCGUCAGGCUCAACAGACAGCGGCUGGUGGUGUGUCUGGAAGAGUCCAUCUACAUCCAUAACAUCAGAGACAUGAAACUGCUCAAGACCCUCCUCAACACCCCCGUCAACCCAUCAGGCUUGUGUGCCCUUUCUGUCAACCAGACUAACUCCUACCUGGCGUACCCCGGCAGUGCCACCAUGGGGGAGAUAACCAUCUAUGAUGCCAACAGCCUGAGCACGGUGACUCUGAUCCAGGCUCACGACAGCCCUCUGGCAGCACUCACCUUCAACGCCUCUGGCUCCAAACUAGCCAGCGCAUCAGAGAAAGGAACUGUAAUCCGAGUCUUCAGCAUCCCUGAAGGUCAGAAGCUGUUUGAAUUUCGGCGAGGGAUGAAGAGAUAUGUUAGCAUCAGCUCGCUGUCCUUCAGUGCAGACGCUCAGUUCCUGUGCGCCUCCAGCAACACAGAGACCGUCCACAUCUUCAAGCUGGAGCAGCACAGCCCCAGUCAAGAGGAAGAAUCUCCAACCUGGUCAACCUACGUUGGCAAAAUGUUCACCGCCGCCAGCACCUACCUGCCCACCCACGUGUCGGACAUGAUGCACCAGGACCGAGCUUUCGCCACCGUUCGCCUCAACAUGUUCGGCCUGAAGAACAUUUGUGCUCUUGCUACAAUCCAGAAACUUCCCAGACUGCUGGUGGCGUCCUCGGACGGGUUCCUUUACAUCUACAACGUGGAUCCCCAGGAUGGAGGCGAGUGUGUCCUCGUUCAGAAACACAGACUCUUUGAAACCAGCGGAGAACAAGAUGAACCUGAAGAAGAAGAGAGCCCAGAGGACGUCUGUCCACAGCCAGCCGGUCAGUCCUACGCCGCCACCGUGGCGCUCCCAUCCACGCCGCCAUCGUCCACCACGCUCAUAGGCUAUUCUGAAGAGGGCGGAGCCCAGAAGGGAGAGGUCAUCCCUGAGCACGAACUGGCUGAAGGCCCCAUUUGUCUGGAUGACGAAAACGAGUUUCCUCCCGUUAGCAACCAGAGUAACUAACCAACCAACCAAACGUUCCCUGAACUUCUCCCCGCAUUGAUAUCAAACAUGUUAUUUAUUUCAAGCUGGGAAGACGGCGCCGUUCAUCCGUCUUUGGGUCAAACCUUAGAAACUGUUUCUGUGUCCCUCUCCCUCCUCUCAGCAGGAGAAGAUGAUGAGAUCUUCACAGCUGACAGUAAAAUAGACAUGUGCUUUGUAAAAGCAUUAACAUCAGUGUUAGAUAUUUCUAAAAAUAAAUGCUUAAAGCAAGAACAUUACAUGACAAGACGAUGCAGCUGUGGGAGGAAGGCCGAGUUUUCUGAGUUUUUGAUGAUGUAGUCUCUUCCUAAUUCAGGGGUCUGCAACCUGAUGCUCCGGAGCCACAUGCUGAGCAGCAUUUGUAAAAAUUAUUUUUAUUUUUUAAAUCCUGCAAAUAACUUCAUUACUGGUACACUUUAGACAACAUUAAUGUCAAGAAUCCAAAGUUUCAUUUAAAAACUGAAAUUACACUUAAAGAAAUUAUUAUUUUUUAAUUAUUUUUACUUAGUCAAGAAAACAUUAAAUUCAUUGAAUGUGCUAAUUUGAAACUCUUUCACAUUAAAUCGAUUUGAAUUGAUUUAAGCUUAAUAGAUCAAUAAUUGAUUCACAAAAGAUAUAAAUCGAUUUAGCACAUGAGGCUAACGUUCGCUAGCUUGAUGCUAACGUUCAAUAGAAUUUCC